AGUGGGGGAAUAUCUGAAUAUAAACUACAUUACCCGCCAUGCCAUUCACACCCCCGGUUAAAAAACAAAAGGAGAGUUGAGAGGUCACGAGAAACCGUUUGGGACACCCUGUAAGCUGAUGUUGAGGGCAGUCUCUACCCCACAUUUAAGGGGCCUCCCAUGGCUGGACGGCUGUUGAAAGUGUCCUCUUUAGCCACCGCAGUGUUUGCCUCCUCCGGAUUCUAUCUGUACAGCAAGCAUGUGGAUCCCAGUGACAUCAGCCUCAUUAGGUUUGGAAGAGCUGCAGCUACGACUGCAGUUAUCAGUUAUGACUACAUGACAUCCCUUCGAAAUGUGGAUCACGGGACAGAGGAGUAUUGGGCCCUCAAAUCGAAGGUACACCGGCGUUCAGCGGAGCGGCUCAAAGACCUGUGCUGUGCCAACCGGGGCACCUUCAUCAAGGUGGGCCAGCACCUGGGCGCCCUGGACUACCUGCUGCCCGAGGAGUACACCAGCACGCUGAAGGUGCUCCACAGCCGCGCCCCGCAGAGCUCCAUGGAGGAGAUCCGGCAGGUCAUACGCGAGGACUUGGGCAAAGAGAUCGGGCAGCUGUUCGCGAGCUUCGAGGAGACGCCCCAGGGCGCGGCGUCGCUGGCCCAGGUCCACCGGGCCGUGCUGACGGACGGGAGGACGGUGGCCGUCAAGGUGCAGCACCCCAAAGUGCAGGCCCAGAGCUCCAAGGACAUCCUGGUCAUGGAGUUCCUCUUGCAGGCUGUCCAUUGGCUCUUUCCUGACUUCGCCUUCAUGUGGUUGGUGGAGGAGGCCAAGAGGAACAUGCCUCUGGAGCUGGACUUCCUGAACGAGGGCCGGAACGCCGAGAGGGUGGCGGAGAUGCUGAAGCGCUUCGAAUUCCUGAAGGUUCCCAAGAUCCACUGGGACCUGUCGACCAAACGCAUUCUGACCAUGGAGUUUGCGGAGGGGGGGCAAGUCAAUGACAGGGAGUACAUGGACAAACACGGCAUCGACGUCAAUGAGGUUUCCCGGAACCUUGGGAAGAUGUACAGUGAGAUGAUAUUCGUGAAUGGUUUCGUGCACUGUGACCCCCACCCUGGAAACGUGCUGGUGAAGAAGUGCCCGAAAAGCAAUAAGACCCAAAUUGUGUUACUCGAUCAUGGCUUGUAUCAGACGCUGAACCAGGACUUCCGCCUGGACUACUGCCGUCUGUGGCAAGCCCUGAUGAAGGCGGACCUGAAGGGCAUCGAGCGGUACAGCCGGCGCCUGGGAGCCGGGGACCUGUACCCCCUCUUCGCCUGUGUGCUCACCGCCCGCUCCUGGACCUCCGUCACCGGGGGCAUCAGUCAGACCCCCGUCACAAAUUCAGAGGACGUGGAGAUCCGGACGAACGCUGCCCACUAUCUACCUCAGAUCAGCGACCUGCUGAACAGGGUCCCCCGGCAGAUGCUGCUCCUGCUGAAGACCAACGACCUCCUGCGGGGCAUCGAGACCACCCUGCGCACCCGCGCCAGCGCCAGUUCCUUCAUCAACAUGUCGCGCUGCUGCGUGCGCGCCGUGGCCAGAUACAAGAGGAGUAAGACCCGGUCUCGAUUCCGGAGGAUGCGGAUCAACCUGUCCGAGGCCAUCACCCUGUUGCAGAUCAAUGCGUACGAACUCUUUCUGUGGAUCAAGGGAUCGCUACUGGGUCGCUGGGUUACUAGUCUACUUGGACAUCUGCAAUAUGCACACUGACCUCAACUUUCUUUCUAUUUACAGUACUCUAUCUGAGGAUUUUUAUUUAUGUUCGUUUGCCAUUAAUAAAUGAAAUGAAAAUAUGAAUAUGUGAUUUGCUAUAAAUAAGUGUUCCUUGGUGUUUGGUCAAGAAGAAGUUGCAAUGGUGUGCCUGUAUGAUGACAUCAUCUCAGUCCUGGUACACAACAAAGCUCAAGUUUGAAAGCACUGCAGCUUUUUAAAUCAUUGUAAGCAGAUGCUUACAUGUGUUGUAUUAGACCACUGAGCAAAUGUUAUCUAACACAUUGUGCUGAGAAAUCCAAUCCAGUGUUAGGCUACAACAUUUCUGCUGCCUAUCUUGUACCAUUUUAACAGCCAUAUGGUUGAAAAUCUCAGAAUAGUCUUUGCAUAGCCAAAUCAUUUUCACUCUGUCCUAGAACAAUAUUUAACUUACAGCACAUUUAUUUUGUAGAGCUAAUCUUUUAAGCAACUUUUCAUCUCUUAUUUUUACAUUUUCCUCCCUCAUUUUGUUUCCCUCCCAGUUUUUAAAUGCCAAAUGCUUGAGUAUUUUUGGCCUGUGCCGUUGCUGAAACAUAUUUUUGGGAGGGUUGGAGAUGAGCAUGGCUGUCCUCCAAGUCAGCCAGCCUCAUGCCUAAACUUUGAUGAAAAGGAUUAUUACUACUGAAUGUGCAUACACCAGUUAUCAUACCAGAACAUACUGUACACAAGACCUCAAUUUCUCUGUACAUUUAUUACAUGU